CUGUUUAGAUUGUGAUUGCAAAACUGCUCAAACUGGCUUUACAGAGAGAAUGCUUUAAGCAGCCCCAUCCUUGUAGCUCUACAUCCUGACCCAUCCUGGGCCUUGUUCCUCACAGAAUGGAUCUGCUCCUAUCCCUCGUGCUCUGCACGCUGGCGGCAUGCUGCUGGGCUACAUCUGUACCCAUGCCAGUCCUCCCCUUACCUGUCCUCUCCCGUGACUGCAAUAACUCGGGUAUUCUGGAAGUCGCAGGCUUUGCCCUGCAGGACAUUAACAGAGACCGAAAGGAUGGCUAUGUACUGAGCCUCAACCGAGUGAGCGAUGUCCGUGAACACAGACAGGUUGCUAUGGGAUCUCUGUUCUAUCUCACACUGGAUGUGUUAGAGACUGACUGCCAUGUACUCAGCAGGAAGCCGUGGAAGGACUGUGGGGUGAGGCACCUACAUGAAUCGGUUUAUGGUCAAUGCAAAGCACUAUUUUAUGUUAAUAAGCCAGGAAGAGUUCUCUAUCUACCUGCUUAUAAUUGUACUCUUCGCCCAGUUUCUCGAAGAAGGAUUCACAAUAGGUGCCCUGAUUGCCCCAGCCCCAGAGCCACUGACUUGUCAGAUCCCACGGUUCUAGAAGCUGCCCUGGAAUCUCUCGCAAAAUACAACAGUGAGAGCACCUCAAAGCAGUAUUCUCUCGUCCAAGUCACCAGGGCUUCUAGUCAGUGGGUGUAUGGCCCUGCGUACUUCGUGGAAUACUUAAUCAAAGAGUCACCAUGUACCAAAUCCCAGGUCAGCAGCUGUGCACUUCAGCCCCCUGACUCUGAGCCUGUUGGUAUUUGCAAAGGUUCUCUGGGUCAAAGAGAAUUAGAAAAGUUCGUCUCCGUGACUUGUCACUUCUUUGAACCACAGGUUCCUGCACCUGGAGAGGAAAAUGCUUCUGCUAGCCAGGGACCUGUGGACCUCCCUGGGGUGGGAGAGUUCCAGCAGAAAAACACAGCUCCUACCAACUCACCCUCCAAAGCUGUGCCUAAGGGAUCUGUCCAAUAUCUCCCUGACUUGGAUGAUGAGAAGAAGCCUGAGGGUGCUCAGGAAAACAGCCCUGUCGAGGCCUUCCCUGUGAAGCUAGAUCUCACCACAGAUCCUCAGGGAGAAAGCCUGGAUGUUUCCUUCCUUUUCCUGGGACCUAUGGAGCGGAAGCUGGUUGUUCUGCCUUUCCCCAACAAAGAACAACGCUCUGCUGAGUGCCCAGGACCAGCGCAGCAGGGCAACCUUCUUAUUCUCCCACCAUGAGAACCACAUAGAGGAUUCCAUGGGGGUACAGUGCCUUGUGGGAGAAGGGAGGUGCUGGAGAAUGGGGACAGGGAGACAGAGAACUCAAAUGUAGAAAGUGACUAAUAAAGUGUAUCAUUUGACUCUU